UGGCGACUGUAAUUUACCGUGCGGCGCUUUACUUGAGGAAGCCCAACCCUAAAACCCUGGUUUGCGCUCAUAAAUGAUACAUCUCUCCCGCCGAGGGAGGGAGAGAGAGAGAGGGAGAGAGAGAGAGAGAGAGAAUGGAAGAAGGUAUGGAGGUGGACGUGGAAGAGUCAGAAGCUACUCCUAAUUCAAAGCACUCCAAGCGAUUUGGAUUGAAGAACACGGUCCAAACAAGCUUUGGUGAAGACUACGUCUUUCAAAUCGUGCCCAAGGAUGAUUUGACGUCGAUGGGGGUGUCUCUGUCUACCAACGCCGUGAAAUUGUACGCGCCGGCGACUGGUCAAUACUUUGGAGAGUUGAAAGGCCACUCUUCCACUAUCAAUCAAAUCUCCUUCUCUGGUCCAACUACUCCCAACGUCCUCCACUCCUGCUCUUCUGAUGGUACCAUCAGAGCUUGGGACACUAGAUCAUUCCACCAGGUGUCUUCAGUAAGUGCUGGCCCGUCACAAGAUAUAUUCAGCUUUUCGUUUGGUGGGUCAGGUGAUAAUCUUCUUGCCGCUGGAAGUAAGUCUCAGAUAUUCUUCUGGGACUGGAGAACCAAGAAGCAGAUUGCAUGCUUGGAGGAAUCUCAUAUGGAUGAUGUUACUCAGGUCCACUUUGUCCCCGACCAUCAAAACAAGCUUCUUUCUGCUUCUGUAGAUGGACUAAUGUGUAUCUUUGAUACCCGUGGAAGUAUCAGCGACGAUGAUCAUCUGGAGUCAGUGAUUAAUGUGGGAACUUCAAUUGGAAAAGUUGGCUUUCUUGGAGGGGCAAGCCAAAAGCUCUGGUGUUUGACACACAUUGAAACCUUAAGUGUUUGGGACUGGAAUGAUGCAAAAAUUGAAGUGAACAUAGAGGACGCUCGUACUUUAGCUUCUGACAGCUGGGCAUUGGAUCAUAUUGACUAUUUUGUUGAUUGUCACUACUCGGGGCAAGACGAUCGGCUAUGGGUGAUUGGUGGAACCAGCGCUGGAACCUUGGGCUACUUCCCUGUGAACUUCAAAGGAAAAGGAGCGAUUGGGCCUCCAGAAGCCGUUCUCCACGGUGGCCACACGGGUAUUGUUAGGAGUGUCUUGCCUUUGUCGGGCAUGCAGGGUGCGCCCACCCAUACCCAAGGAGGCAUCUUUGGAUGGACAGGUGGUGAGGAUGGCCGUUUAUGUUGUUGGAUGCCAGAUGAAUUGUCGGAUGCAAAUCGUUCUUGGAUUUCAAGUAAACUGGUCAUGAAGUCACCAAAGAUCUGCAGGAAAAGCAGACAUCAUCCCUACUAGUAGUCUGUCAAUCAGCAUUUCGUGUUGUACCCUGUUUUAUAAUGGUUUUCAUUCAUCUGGUCCUUUCGUUUGAACCGUUGGAAUGCCUUUAUAGUUUAUAGUUCAUGAUAUUAACCAGUUUGACAGUGAUCCGGUUGUUUGUAAUCUAUUGUAAGGGAUGAAAAGCCACUAUAGCUUGAGCAUUUACUCUCUUUUUUUUGAAUGGCAAAUCUUCAUUAAUAAA